AUGGAUAAAAUGGUAGUUGAAGAGAUCGAUACGGAUAUAAAUGCGAUCCGUGAUAGCAUUCGAAGUACGGAUGAGCAAAUUGGUACACUUUCCGGAAGAUUGCCACGUCAUCAACGGAUUUCCUAUGCGGAUAGCGACGAGCCGGAGCCGAUGAAUACGUCGGUUGACCGCAAGUCAUUUGGUCUUGAUGAUCGUCGAAUUUCGAUGAAUCGUGAUUAUAAGCGAGAUUCGACUGGCGGAGCAAUUCGACGACGAAUUUCCACAGUGGACGAUCGCCUCGAGCCAAAACGCGGGUUUGCUGUGAAGCGACAACGUACCGAUUACCAAAACGACGACGAUGAUGUAGACGAUGAGCCGAAACGUUCGAAAAAAACCAUCCAAUCGACGGUCAUAAUGCCCGCAUUGGACUCGAAAGGUCGCGAAGAGAAAAUCGAGAAACUGAAAGAAUCGGAGAACAAAGACGUGAAGAACCGAAAUCGUCGGCUAUUCUCGAAUUUGCUCAUCGGAACGCUGACGAAUUUCAAAAAGUCGGAACGCAAAACGACGCAGCAAGAGAAACAGGAGCUUGUUGAGAAGAAGCUUGAGGAAAGCAAAAAGAAAGAGGAGGAAAUUAGAUCUCAAGAAAAGAAUGAGUUGCUCAAAAAGCGCCGAGAGCAGGAACGAGAAUUGCACAAUUUGCAGCGUAAAAAAGCGCUCAUCCAAUAUGCGGAAAUCAACAUUAAGCAGCUUAAAAACAUGAAAGGGGCCAUCAAGACGUCAUUCGGACCUUCGAUUUAUUGGCAGCCAGCGAAACACACGGUCAGAUCGAUGGAACUGCAGCAGAGCACUGAGAGAUACAUUGACGAUUUGAUCAAAAAACGCGAAGAUCAAUUAAAGGAAGAUCUUGAAGCGAAAGAGCGCAAGAAUGAGAACGACGACGACGACGACGAUCAUGAGAAUGGCGAAGACGAGUAUGAUGAUGGUGGCAAAGAGGAGAUUGAAGUGGUUGUCGAUGGUAGCGAAAUAAAGCGCGAUAUAAAAAUUGAGAAUGAGAAGAAUGUCGGAAACGGCGUUGAGGAGGAGGAAGAGGAGGAAGAAGAAGAGGAAGUCCACGUCGAAUUGGACUGA